AUGGAGGUGGUGGUUUGGCUGAUCGGCGUGGUGCUCCGCGUGCUGAACGUACUGCUGGCUCCGCUAUACUGGCUGAGGGCGCGCGACUCUCGCCGUCUGCCGCCCAUACGCGAUCCACUGCUGAUGCGAAGCGCUACCGACCUCGCCAGGGGAAUCAGAACUGGAGAGUUAACAAGCGAGCAAGUGGUGACUGCAUUCAUCGAGCGCGUGAAAGAAGUUAACCCGUAUCUCAAUGCCGUGGUGGAUGAGAGGUACCGCGAGGCUAUCGAGGAGGCGAGGGCACUGGACCGACAGAUGAAAGAGGCGAGGAGGGCUGGAAAUUUAGAAGAACUUUUGAAAGACAAGCCGCUGUACGGUCUGCCAUUCACGGUCAAGGAAAGCUGUUCAGUUGCUGGGCUGUCGGACUCGGUGGGGUGGUGCGAGGCGGCGGGGCGGCGCGCGGCGCGGGACGGGGGCGCGGUGCUGGGGGUGCGGGCGGGCGGCGCGCGGCCGCUGCUGGCGUCGCGCACGCCCGAGCUGUGCCUGGGCUGGGAGACGGCCACGCUGCGCCACCGCACGCACAACCCCUACCGCACCGCGCGCACGCCCGGCGGCUCCUCCGGCGGAGAGGCAGCACUAGUGGCGAGUGGCGCAUCUCCGCUGAGCGUGGCGUCCGACAUCGCCGGCUCCAUCCGCAUCCCCGCCGCCUUCUGCGGGGUCUUCGGCCACAAGGCCACGCCUGGCAUUAUACCAAUAGACGGUCACGUCCCAACUCUCACCGACGAAAAGUUUUCGAAAUUUCUAUCGGUGGGGCCGAUGUGCCGAUUCGCAGAAGACCUCCCCUUGCUUAUGAACGUCAUGGCCGGUGAAAAGAGGCACUUGCUCAAUUUGGACCAACCAGUCGACAUAUCUCAAAUUAAGGUAUUUUACAUGACAGAGGCGUCCAAGUCUUGGGCCUUCAUCCCCGUAGAGCAGUGCAUUAGGGACGCCAUAUUAAAUUGCGUUCAGUACCUGCACAAGGAAUGUGGUGCGCAACUUAGCGAGAAAAAGUUCAAAGACUUGGAGGACUCCUUUGAGAUGUCGAUAUCAUUAUUCUUUUCCAUGAAAGAUAUUCCUAACUUACUCCAGGACCCUGCUAAUCCAAAACGAGACAAAAGCCUAAUAGUGGAACUUUUAAAACACAUAUUCGGUGGUGCGACGCGGUCUCUGCAAGGAUUGGGCUUCGCGCUCAUAAACAAGACGAAACUUUUCAUACCAGCAUCAAGACGCAAGUUCUACGAACAAAAAGCUGAAAUACUUCGACAAGAGAUCGUUAGUACACUGGGCACCAACGGCGUGCUGCUGUACCCUGCUCACUGCGGGCUGGCGCACGAGCACGGGCGCGUGUACACGCGCGCGUCCGGCGUGCUCUACAGCAUGCCGCUCAACGUGCUCGGCCUGCCCGCCACCGUGGCGCCGCUCGGACUGCACGCCGGCCUGCCCGUCGCCGUGCAGGUUAUUGCGGGUCCUUAUCAAGAUAGACUUUGUUUAGCCGUUGCAAAACAGCUGGAAAUCGGUUUUGGUGGUUGGCGGCCACCGUCAUAA